UAUCCGGAAUACAUGAAGUUGAAGGAAAAGAUGUUAUGAGAAUAGGCAGCCGGCAGAGGCUUGCCCAUAUCUCUGGGUUCACUGUUAAACUAAAUGCCAUGUAUAUAAGCUGAAACCUUGCAUCGGAAAUGCCGUUAAAACACAUAAAUCUCUCAAUCAAUUAACUUUUCCAUUUAUUAUUUUCUUUUUCCUUUUCCCUGAAAACUAGCUUUCUUCAUCAACCAUGGCAGGCUCAAGUAACUCAGCACCUGUAAGUUCUAUUCAUACAAGCUCAGAGACAGGAAGGCUUCUUCCCUCAGCAACCAAAUGCAACUCCAAAGAAAUUGAUUUGGAUGUUUCCCUCCCUUCGCCCUACCCUAAAUCUUAUCUUUUUGAGCUUGUAAUCACUGAUAAAACACAUUACAGACGGUUUCUUUAUAUUUCGUUGACUCUAGCUUUUGUUGUCCUAGCACUUGGUCUGGUGCCGCAUUUUCUGCCUCAAAACAAUCGUCACCAUGGGCAUUCCAAGAAUCUCACUCUUGCACUUAACCAAGCUAUAACAUUCUUUGAUGCACAAAAGUCUGGGAGUUAUCCAAGUAACAGUCCCAUAAGAUUCCGAGGAAGUUCGGGUUUGCAGGAUGGGAAUUCAAGCAAUAUCCAUGCUGAUCUUGUUGGUGGAUUUUAUGAUUCUGGCAACAACAUCAAGUUCACUUUCCCUGCAGCUUAUACCAUCACCCUGUUGAGUUGGUCGGUGGUUGAAUACCAUCGAAAAUAUGCAGAUAUUGGUGAGCUAGAGCAUAUAAAAGACGUCAUCAAAUGGGGCAGUGACUACUUGCUCAAGGUUGGAAGUGCAGGUAAUGACACUAAAAAUCCGGUCCCUAACGAUAUAAAUUGUUGGCAAAGGCCUGAAGACAUGAGGUACAAGAGGCCUGUUUCAGUUUGUAAUGAGACAGCUUCUGAUUUAGCAGGGGAAAUUGUUGCAGCACUAUCAGCAGCUUCAAUAGUAUUCAAACAAGAGAAUGAAUAUUCACAAAGAUUGAUUAAAAAAGCAGAGCAGAUAUAUGAGAUAACUGCAAAAGAAGACCGGAUUCACAGAGCCAUAACUUACACCACCAUUGAUGCUUGUGGAGGUGAAGCAAGAAAGUUUUACGGAUCAUCCGGGUACAAAGAUGAGUUGGUCUGGGCAGCAACUUGGUUGUUCUUUGCUACAGGGAACCAUACUUUUCUUGAUUAUGCCACCACAAACUUUGCUGCAGCAGUUGAUGAUGAAACAACGACUGACAAAGGGAUCUUCUAUUGGAAUAACAAGCUUGCCGCCAAUGCGGUUUUGUUUACUAGACUUCGUUUCUUUCGUGAUCUUGGAUUUCCCUAUGAAAAAGCACUGGGAUUAUCUACCAACAUGACUGAUCAGCUCAUGUGUUCAUAUCUUUCAAAGCAAAACUUCAAUAGAACACCUGGUGGAUUGAUCCUUUUAAGCCCUGGUACUGGCGGACCACUCCAGUUUGCAGCGACGGCAUCUUUCUUGAGUAAAUUAUAUAAUGAUUACCUUACUCUUCUUCGAAGAUCUAGUUGGAAUUGCACCAAUGAUGGGUUUUCUUUGGAAAUGUUACAAAGCUUCUCUACUUCUCAGAUUAAUUACAUUCUAGGAGAUAAUCCUAAAAAGAUGAGCUACAUGGUUGGCUUCGGAGAUCACUAUCCAACACAUGUUCACCAUCGGAGUGCAUCGAUUCCAUGGGAUGGUCAAUAUCACUCUUGUGCUGAUGGUGAUAGAUGGCUACACUCUCAAGAUCGAAAUCCGAAUAUACUUUUGGGAGCAAUGGUAGCUGGACCAGAUCAAUUUGAUGACUUCUCCGAUGAAAGGGAGAAGACAUGGUCCACAGAACCGAGCAUAGCAGGCAAUGCCGGUCUAGUUGCAGCACUCAUUGCACAUCAUGACCCUCCUCGAUCUUCUGCUUCUAAUGGCCCUAAUUUAGGCCUGGACAUUGUGGGAAUCUUUGAAAAAGUUCAUUUGGAUUCUUAAUUUCAUUAACAUUGUACUUUGAAAACAGUUGAGCAUUCUCCAUUGUAAUUACUAACGGAUAAAUGCACGAGAUGGUGGUAACUGGGGCUUUUUCGCAAGAGAAAAGCUUUGGCUCUACAUCUAUCUCCACUUUUGCA